ACCGCAGGCAGACGACAAGUUAUGCAAUCUAUAUGCAGGUAAAAAAUUAGCCAUCUGGCUAGCCCGCUUGCAAGGAACGAGGUUGAUCUGGCACGCACAUUUGUCACGUUACCAGUUCUCUGGGUAAUUUUCUAACGUACAUGAGAAAGUUUUAUUUCUGAUUAAAAAAAAAAAGAAAAAAAUUAAUCCGUAAAUAAGAGAGGAAAUAUUAAUGACUUUCCACAAGAGAACUACUCGGGCUCUCUCUCCUCUGCCUCCAUUGUAGAGAGCCUGGGAACGACGUUUGCUUUCUUACUGUGACGUGUGACGUAUCGUCACGCAACGAUGGCGGCGAAUCCUGUUACCAUAGAAACAAACACAAUCUUUUUAAAGCGAACCGCCUCGUCUAUUUUUCAGCAGUAAGGAAUAUCCACGAAAACAAUACGACACAAUUGAGAGAUUCUUUCGAGGUAGUUAAAAGAUAUAGAUGCCUAACCCACAUAUUUCAACCCAAGACUGGUACUACCAUGCUCCCAGUAAAAGGGCUGUCCAAUCUCCCAAGGCAGUACCUCCUGCAUCACAGAUCCCAGGGAUUGGGGGACUACCAGAUGAGUCAGCCAUUCCUGAAGGUGAUGACAGACACUUCAGAAGAAAGUGGAUCAGAGACACUGACUCAAACUACAUUAAACUCGCCAAGGGGGGUGGAAGGAAGAACCUUUUGGCAUUUCGCAGUCCACCCCUAAAAACGGAGGAACCAAUUCCUUACCCAAGAGUAGACUGGUUUGAUCAUGAGCAUCCAGUUGAAGAUGAACUGGAGGAAUCUGGUUAUGCCGGUCAAUGCCAGGAGGAACACACAGAACACAAAGAGGGAUAUCAUGUCCUUCCAGAAUGGUAUGUCCAUGUCCAUGAUGUACCAGAUGAUGAUCAAUAUGUGACGGCAUCAUAUCGAACCAAGCGACCGAUCAUGGGACAUGACAACCUUUCGAAAUGGCAACGGGAUGCUAAAGAUGUAAGAGAGAGAAAGCCCAAUAAUGUUAGACUUCCACCUUUGAAGAAAACUCACAAGCCAGACAAGAGAUAUGAGGAACUGAUGGAAGCACAAAAAAGUGACCAUCAGACACAAAGAAGACAAGUUAGACUACCAAAAAUGUAAGAAAAAAUAAACAAGUAUAUGGUCAGUAAAUUCACUGUAGAGUAUGAAAUGAAAUGCGGUGAUGUGAGACAUUAGAUUGAUGUGGAGCCUGCAACACAAUGCUACUGUAUGUGUAUACUCUAGAUAAUCACCUGUCAUAGUUAGAAAAGCAAAUGGACUCUCAAUCUUUUAUGGUCACUAAAUCAGGGUAUAAUUUCUUACUAGCUGAAAUGUGUUUUCUUAGGAAACAUUCUAGAAAUACAUGACAUGUGCAGUAAUACAUGUAGCACCUCCGACAGAUGGUUUU